AUGCAGGUGGACGCGAAAUUUCUCCUGGAGGAUGUGGGCGACCUUGAACGGGUAACAAAAGCACUGCAAGGUGGAUUCCUGUACGAGGAGCGCUAUAAGGACUACUUCUUCGACUUCCCCUCACACCUCCUGGCGCAACGUGCCGCAGUGCUGCGGCUCCGCGUGCCGACCGAGACCGGCGAAAUGAAUGCACACAACCUGUCAUCACUAACGCUGAAGGACCACAGCAUGGUGGAGCGAGGCGAACAGGUGUUCGGCGUACAACAGGUGAAGCGGCUGCAGCAGGAGAUGGUGGAGGUGGUACUCCGCGACGGCGACGACCUCCUAAGCGUGCUGAAGCGGUUAUGCCGCGACGCAGUGCAGGACCCGGAGAGCCCUCUCGCCAGCAUCAUCACCGAGCUGGAAACCCUCGCGGUUUCGGCAGAGGUCCCCCCGCAAGUGCAGCUAGUCGGAUCAUACACAACUCAUCGUAAAGUAUACAAGUAUGACAGCCCCUCAAGUAAUGCUGGUAAAGCGGUUGCUGCGGGCGGUUCUGGCUUCAGUGCUCAGCCAUCACCCCAGGUGAUGCACAUUCGUAUCGACGAGACGGAGUACCCCUUCGGCAAGAAGUACGAGCUUGAGUUGCCGCGAAUUUCGGUCCCGCUCCAUGAUGUGAUGAUAGAGCUGCAGGAAUACCUGCGGUCACUAGGCGUGAAAUAUAGUCUGAGUUUGGAGAGCAAAUAUGCACGCUUCAUGAAGUACACUCGUGGACUGACGCAAGCCCGUGAGGACGUGCAGGGAGUCAAGUUGCGUCUUUAUAGCAUUGACAGCUACAUGGAGGUGCUCGCAUGGAUGCAACGCAUGAUUAGGGACGCGGCAUCAGAGGAACCACCGUCAUCACAUAUGUCUCAGGCGUCGCAUUACUCAAAAUCGCAGUCACAGCGGUGGGCGGGCGAUGCGCUGCUGCAGAGAGGCGCAAGUGACGUGGAAGCCAUUGCUCACGGCACGCAGGAGUUGGCAUCACAAGCGCUGCGUCAGUACUCUCAGCGCUCAGUUCCUGUGGAAGCAGAGUACAUAAGCCAAAAGGUCGCCAGAGACACUGAAUCGAAGGAGGAGGUGGAUGAGGAAAGGUACCAGGAGAAUUACUACUUUGACGAUGCCACAGAUGGGACUCUGCUGAAACGGCGUUGCUUUGUACGGUUGCGGUGCAUUGAUGAUGGUGCCGCCUUCAUCUUGGAGCUCAAGGAAGACGAGAGGAUGAUGGUUGGGACGCAAAACAGCUCCUCACUUCGAGCUGAGCUCUCCGGUGAUGUUGCACGAAUCCUGUUGCGCGACCCGACCCAAUUUUUGGUAUCGCAGCGUGAACACAAUCACAUUGCUGAAAUUCUUUGGCGAGAAUACGGCCUGGAGAGGCUGAAAGUUGUCGCUUUCUUCGUCACCCGUCGUCGCAUAUUUAGACGGUGCGCCAACGCCGCAUUCCUUCGCUCGUGGCAAAAACAGCAACAGCAGAUACAGGAGGAGCGGCGGGUACUUCUUGGCGAAGAUGGAUACGGUGCCGCGAUGCGGCAAUUGUCCCCACCGCCGAGCUCCCAGUCUACAGCGGCGCAGGUGGUGCCGUCAAUGUGCAUAAACGUGGACCGCACACGGUACGAUCUCUCCCACCCCGCAGAGUACUUCGCCAAGGCCGCGGCGGAUAGUCCGGCUUGCUCGUACAGUAGUGUAGCAGCGGUGCCGCCUGCCACACACGUGAAGGAGCUCUUUGAGAUGGAGGCCACUAAGAUUGCCGCAGGGGGGCAGCAGGCUGUGAAGGAGUGGCUCCGCGGCGAACUGAACCGUCUUUGCAUUGAAUGGCGCUUCAGCACCCAGAACAAGGUGGAUCAGUACUUUAGCUACGUAGAUGCGCCGCUGCUGCAGACUCAGCAGCACCGGAGUCAGUCUGUUGGGAUAGCGGGAAAAAAGGAUUGA